AAAUAUUGCCUCUCAUUGAUAAUGAUGAAAGUGAAAAGGUUUGUCUAUAUCUGAUAACUAUGGAUGUUAUAAAUGUGUGAUAUUUUUCAAGAUAUUUUUGUUCAUGUCUUCAGAAAAACCUGACAAGCUGUUGAUUUAAGAUAUGUUAUUACAUUAGAUAUGUUUACAUAGUGCCAGUGAUGAAGUCACUGAGUCUAAUUUAAUUUAACAUCUUAAUGUCUUUUGCAUUUUCCUGACCUACGCUCCUAAGCACAGAUCUAGGAUCAGCUCAUCCUCAUCAAAUCCAAACCAGGACGUUUAGAAUUCACAAGGGGAACACUGACCUCAGACCAGCGUUUAAACCCCACGUCUUCCUGCCUAGACACUGACUCUCUGUCCAGAGUUCCUCUGUGCUCCAGCCGUAUAUCCAUCCAUCCAUCCACACCCCAGCCAUCCAGCCAUGGGUCUGAUGAGCGAGGACAUGGAGUGCUGCGUCUGCCUCCAGCCCUACUCUCGCAGGGAGAAGAUCCCUCGGAUGCUCCACUGUAAGCACACAUUCUGUGGGCUGUGCUUGCAGGCGAUGUCCAGGCUCCAGAGCUGCCUACUGACAGUCUGCUGCCCCCUGUGCCGUUGGAUCACCUGCACCGAGCCCAGCCUCACCCUGUCGGGGUCGCUGUGGGUUAACACUGAGAUCUGGGACCAGAUAAUAGACACACAACAGAAAGAGGAGGAGGAAGAGGAGGAAGAGUGGAAGGGAGCUAACAGACAGACACAGACCACUACACAGUACACAUGGUCUCCAUCAAAGCAUUGUGACCUGAGGCUCAAACUACGGAAUUUCCUGAGGAGGAUGAAGCACAAUGUACUGUAAACCGAGAAGAGGAAGAGCAGAGAAGAAGAAGACUGUAUUUGACCAUUUCAGAGUAGGAGAUACUCAUUGAGUAAUGAAGAUAAUUCACCAAACAGGACCGACCGGUGAUUUUCAAAAGUGAGGCAAGAUUGAACCAAUUAUUAAUAUGCUUGGGUUUGAUUGACUUUGGGUAUGUGUAAUGUUCUCAGUCAACUUACCUGGUAAAAUAAGGAUUAAAUUAUAAUAUUAAUAAUAAAGGAUGGAUUGGGGGAGGGAAUAAAAAAUAAGAUUUUAAAUGGAUUGAGGAUGAAAGAAAGAUCAAGGAAGUUAUGGAAGGAAGGAAGGAAGGAAGUUAUGGAAGGAAGGAAGGAAGUUAUGGAAGGAAGAAAGGAAGUUAUGGAAGGA